AUGGCGUCAAAUAAACCCAACAAGCUGGUAUUCUUGUCUAUGCCAGCACCGGCGUCGUAUGUUGCUGGUCUUGGUCGAGGCGCUUCUGGUUUCACGACUCGUUCGGAUAUCGGUCCUGCGAGAGAAGGUCCUUCUGCAGAGGUCAUAGCGGAAGCACAAGCACGUCGCGGCGAAGAGCCUGACGUUGACCCGAGCCAAUUCCAAGACCCAGAUAACGAAUACGGCCUCUUCGCGGGAACGACCUACGAACAAGAUGAUGAAGAAGCCGACAAAGUCUAUGAACAAGUCGAUGAAGCCAUGGAUUCGCGGCGGCGUGCAAGGAGAGAGGUAGCAGAAAAAGAUCAAAUGCAGAAGUUGCGCGCUGAACGCCCCAAGAUCCAGCAGCAAUUCGCGGACUUGAAGCGAGGGUUAUCGGUGGUUACUGAUGAAGAAUGGGAGAACCUACCCGAGGUCGGGAAUCUGACGAGGAAGAAGAGGAAGAGGGAGGAGAGGAGCUUCGUCAUCCCAGACAGCGUUAUCGUUGGAGACAGGAGCAGGAUCGGGUACGACAAUGCUCUGGACCUGAGGCAACAGCAGGCCGGAGGCUUCGAAACGCCAGUCGAUGCAGGAGCUCUGACCAAUCUCGUUGAAAUCGGUCAAGCUCGGGAUAAGAUUCUUUCCCUCAAACUCGACCAAAUGUCCGGCAUAUCCAGCACCUCUGGUACCACAACCUCCGUCGAUCCCAAAGGCUAUCUCACCUCUCUCGACAACGUGAUCAUUAAAUCAGAUGCAGAGAUCGGCGACAUCAAACGGGCGAGAAUACUCUUCGAUUCGCUCGUCAAGUCCAACCCCAAACACGCUCCAGGUUGGAUCGCAGCUGCAUGUCUGGAAGAGCAUGCCGGGAAGAUGGUAUCAGCGAGGAAAAUCAUCAAGCAAGGGUGUGAGAUGUGUCCGAAAAGUGAGGACGUGUGGAUAGAGGCGGCGAGGCUUCAUAAUAGCGAGGACGCGAAAGUCAUACUCGCGAAUGCGGUCCAGCAUGUCGGACAAAGCGUCAAUAUAUGGCUCAAGGCCGCCGACCUCGAGCAUGACGUCAAGGCGAAGAAACGAGUACUUCGUAAAGCUCUCGAACACAUUCCCAACUCCUUCGAUGCCCGAAUCAUCCUCUCCCGUGCUGUCGAAGUGAUACCCCACUCCGUCGAACUCUGGCUCGCCCUCGCCCGGCUCGAAACACCGGACAAAGCCAAAGCUGUUUUGAACAAAGCCCGCAAGUCCGUCCCCACCUCGCACGAGAUCUGGAUCGCCGCUAGCCGCCUGCUCGAGCAAGAAGCUUCCUCACCACCCAAAACGCCCGAGCAGCGAAGCCAUGAAUUGGACCUCGUCGAUAAGACUAUCGAGGCUGGGGUACGCGAGCUGCGGAAGCACCAGGUCAUGCUUACGCGCGAGGAAUGGCUGAAGGAGGCGGAGAAGUGCGAGAGCGAGGGCAGCCCGAGGACAUGUGAGGCGCUCGUGAAAGCAACGGUGGCGAUGCAGAUCGAAGAGGAGGAUCGACUCGACACCUGGGUCGGAGAUGCAGAGAGCGCCGAAUCACGGGGGAUGGUGGGCACGGCGCGGGCGUGCUGGCCUAUGCACUCAAAGUCUACCCCGACCGAAGUAGUUUGUGGCGUCGUGCCGCCGAACUGGAGAAAGCCCAUGGGACUAGAGAAAGAGAAGUGGUUGGCUGGGGACGUACCGGCAGCGAGGCAAGUCCUCGAGCAAGCUUUCGUGGCGAACCCAGAGAGCGAGCAGAUUUGGCUAGCUGCUGUCAAGCUCGAGGCGGAGAAUGGGGAGUUUGCAGUGGCGAGAGAGCUUUUGAUACGUGCGAGGACGGUAGCUGACACCGAGAGGAUAUGGAUGAAGUCGGCCGUGUUCGAGCGCCAACAGGACCAACUCUCCGCAGCGUUAGAGACGCUCGAAACCGCGCUGAAGAAGUUCCCGAAAUUUGCGAAGCUUUACAUGAUCCAAGGCCAAAUCCACCAAUCUAUGGGAAACACCGCCCUUGCACGGGCCUCUUUCGGUGCAGGCGUCAAAUCAUGUCCGAAGGAGCCCACGCUCUGGGUCCUCGCCUCGCGGCUGGAAGAAGCUGACGGCAAGAGUAUUCGCGCCCGUGCCCUCCUCGAGAAAGCCCGACUCGUCAACCCCGCCAACGAACACCUUUGGGCCGAAUCCCUUGGAGUGAAAGAACGGUCCGGUGGUGCCGCCCAAACCAAGGCCAUGCUUUCUCGCGCGUUGCAAGAGUGCCCUACGUCGGGUGUCCUAUGGUCGAUGGCACUGUGGGCGGAGCCUCGAGCUUCACGGAAGACCAAGUCUGUCGAUGCCCUCCGAAAGACGAAAGAUAAUCCGCUCGUCGUGUGCACCGUUGCUCGUAUUCUAUGGGCAGAUCGGGCUAUCGAACGAGCUCGAGAUUGGUUCGGACGGGCGAUGGUGACUGAUCCUGACCUGGGCGAUAUAUGGGCAUGGUGGCUGAAGUUUGAGAGGCAGCACGGAACGGAGGAACACAGGGAGGUCGUCAGGACCAAGUGUGUCGCCGCGGACCCUCAUCAUUCUCCUGUCUGGCAGAGUGUGGCGAAGGACGUGGCGAACGUCGGGAAGAGUACCCAGGAGAUUUUGGAGAUCGUUGCGAAUCUUCUGCAGUAA